AUGACUACUCGGGCUAGAGGGCUGGCUCAAGAUUUGGCUAGCGAAUGGGUAGUGGACCCAUUUCGUAGGCUAAAAUGGGGGUUUAUUCCUACCAGAAGAAUAGUAGACGAAACGGAUUUGAUGGGAAAUAUCGAGAGUGCAGAGGUAGAGGCAGAGGCAGAGACAGAGGCAGAAGCAGAUGUGGAGGGCGAUUCGGAAAUUUUGGAAGGAAAAUCGUCAAAUGUCAAAGUCGAUCAACACAGCUCGGAAAAAGAGUCGGUGACAGACUCGAACUUGGAAUACAGAGACGAGGCAAACCGUAAAUGGUGGGCUUUUUUUAACGAACAGGAGUACCGUGUGAACGAAAAACAGGCAGGCCGCGCCAAGUGGUGGCAGUGGUUUGGCAGCGGAGUUUCGAAGCAGGAAAAGAAGCUGCUGUUGAAACUGGAUAUUCUCUUGGCGUUCUAUUCGUGCAUGGCAUACUGGGUCAAAUACCUGGAUUCGUCAAAUCUUAACAAUGCGUACGUUUCGGGUAUGCGCGAAGAGCUGAAUUUCAAAGGAAACCAACUGGUGGAGACUCAGGUAAUGUACACGGUCGGAAACAUUGUGUUCCAGCUGCCAAUGAUCUUUUUGCUCGACAAGAUUCCGUUGAACUUUUUUCUGCCAACCCUCGACAUCUGCUGGUCGAUUUUGACUCUUGGAUGCUCCAAAGUCAACUCCGUACCACACUUGAAGGCCAUCCGUUUCUUCAUCGGAGUUUUCGAAGCCCCCUCGUACUUGGCAUACCAGUACCUCUUUGGGUCUUUCUACAAGCAUGACGAAAUGGUGCGUCGUUCCGCCUUCUACUACCUUGGCCAAUACGCAGGCAUUAUGUCUGCCGGUGGUAUUCAGUCGGCAGUAUACGCAGCCCUCAACGGUAGAGGUGGUCUUUCUGGCUGGAGAUGGAAUUUCAUCGUUGACGGGAUCAUUUCCGUCGUUGUAGGCAUCAUCGGAUACUAUUCCUUGCCAGGAGACCCUUACAACUGCUACUCCAUCUUUCUAACCGAUGAUGAGAUCAGGUUGGCUCGUAAGAGGCUUGACGAAAACAACACGGAGAAAUCGGACUUCUCUACCAAGAUAUUCGACAAGAAGGUGUGGAUUCGCAUCUUUUCCGAUUGGAAGAUAUAUGUCCUUACGCUAUGGAAUAUCUUCUGCUGGAACAACAACAAUGGUUCGUCCGGUGCCUACCUAUUGUGGUUAAAAUCUCUCAAAAAAUACUCCAUUCCCGAAAUCAACAAGCUCAGUAUGAUUACACCUGCCUUGGGUAUGAUCUAUCUCCUCGUUACCGGCAUUUUUGCCGACAAGCUUCAUAGCAGAUGGGGGGCCAUUGUUUUAACUCAGGUUUUCAAUUUCACCGGUAAUGUCAUUCUUGCUGCGUGGAACGUUCCUCAAGGUGCAAAAUGGUUUGCAUACGCUCUGCAGUAUUUCGGUUGGGCCAUGGCGCCUGUCUUGUAUUCUUGGCAGAACGACAUUUGUCGCCGUGAUGCUCAAGCAAGGUCUAUCAUUCUGGUUAUUAUGAACAUGCUGGCUCAAACAACUACAGCCUUCAUGUCAGUGCUUGUGUGGAAAACAACGGAAGCACCAAGGUUUUUGAAGGGUUAUACAUGGACUGCAGUGUCUGCAGUCUGUCUAUCCAUAUGGACCAUUCUCGUUUUAUGGCUUUAUAAACGCGAGGAAAGACAAAACGCUAGGGCCAACGGUAUUGUGCUCUACAACUCGAAAGACGGAGCUGCCCCUCCGCUAGAUAAGCAAGAAGCUUAG